AUGCUGAUGCUGCCGCCGACCAUGGCGCUGUAUUUGCCGGAUUUGGAACUGGAGUACUGUAAAGACUACCUGUGUUGUGGCGAGUUACUACCGACUCUUCACGACUUAUUGCGACAUUACGAAGAGGCUCACAUCCUGCCACUGCCGCCUCAAGAACAGCCUCACCCGAUGUUGGACCCUCUGCGCCACGCUCGUAACAACUUGAACAUUAUGCAUAAUAUCAUGGAAACUGUGAGCACCACCGAUGUCUUUUUGAACAAUAACCACCAGAGCAACUACCACUUUGGCGGCAACAUGAAGUCCCAGUCUCAACCGGGCAACUCUAGUCUGGUGGCGCCGACGCAAUUUGCCCCGCAAUUCCAGCAGCAGGUCCAACAGCAGCAGCAACAACAACUGCCGGCUCAGUCCCUGUCACAAAGCCGCCAGUCGCGGCUGCAGGGACGCCAGGGCACCCCCAUGGAUGAUGACGACAAUACGAUGUACAUUGACGACCCCGCCCGCCAUCUCUACGUGAUGGAAAAUGACGAACAUAAGCCGUUCAAGUGUCCGGUGAUAGGGUGUGAAAAGACAUACAAGAACCAAAACGGUCUCAAGUACCACCGGUUGCACGGCCACCAGGGACAGACACUUAAAGAGAACCCCGAUGGUACCAUCUCUAUUAUCGACCCCGAGUCGAACACCCCGUACUUGGACGGUGCAGGUAUGGAAAAGGACAAGCCUUACCGAUGCGAGGUAUGUGGCAAGCGCUAUAAAAACUUGAACGGGCUCAAGUAUCACCGCGGGCACACCACACAUUAG